UUAAGUCCCUUAUGGCGCUCUUCAAUCACCGGAGUGAAAAAACGUACAGAUCUCGCGAGAUUUUCGGGACAAACAUUCCUUGUUGCGAAUGACGCUACUGAAGUGUACGUUAUGCCUGCGCGACAUUGUAUUGCUGUCGGUUGUACUGCCGAUAGUCGAAGCAGCUCUAAUUUACUCUUCCACCAGUUACCCAAGGUAGAGAGCGAAUUGAAAAAGUGGCUAAGUUUGAUAAGGCGAGAGGGAUUAAAAAUAGACAGUUCUUGCGACAACAGACACUAUGUUGUCUGUUCCAAACACUUUGUUGACUCCUUUCCAACACCGCAAAACCCUUACCCAACUUUGUUUACAUAUAAUCAAUAUAAAAAAUCAACUCCACGGAAAACGAAGAAUUCUAAUUCAAGCAGGUCGUCUUCAACAAACGUCAAACAGCAUGAUCAGCCAUCCAUCAAAACUUUUCACCUCGUCAAAUGUGAGCCAGCCACCGACAAAACACAGAUAUGUUAUCCGUAUGUAGUGGGAGAAUUAGACAUUCCACAAACAGAUGUCAACAAUAACAACGGAAUUAAAACAGAGGUUGGAUGUGAUAUUCAGUGUCAAAAUAUACAGCAUGACCAUCAUUAUAUCUGCUGUGACCCAGAGAAGAAGUAUUGUGGGAAACAUGACCUUUUGGAAAGAAUAACAUCCUUAGAGGCUAGGUGUUCGGAGCUAGAAAAAGAAAACAGGGAACUGAGAGAGGAAAAUCAGACAUUGCAAGCCCUGAAAAUGCAGAAAAAUGACUUCAGGAAUGAUCUUAUAGGAAAAAUUAUACAAGAUGAUAACAACAUCAAACACUUUCUUGGACUGCCAUCCCUCAGCUUUCUCACAUUCUUCCUUCAGUUUUUGGCACCAUAUUAUAACAAAGUUUCAUUUUGGAAAGGGGCUGGGAGGUCAGGAUCCAAGAAGUGGCAAGAGAAGAAUCAACAAAAACCUGGCAAACAGAGAAAACUAACUAUGAAGGAAGAGUUCGUAUUGGUUAUGCUUAAAUUAAGACUCGGUUUAGACAAUGCAACUCUAUCUGUUUUAUUCAAUGUGUCCGUUGGAUAUGUCUCAACCUUGUUCGGCACAUGGAUUAAUUUCUUAGCACAAAUUUUAAAUCCUGUUAUCAAGUGGCCAUCCAAAAAAAAAAUUCUGAAACACAUGCCUUUAUCCUUUAAGCUAAAAUACCCUAAUACUACAUCAAUAAUUGACUGCACCGAAGUGUUCAUUCAAAAACCCAAAAACUGUUCAGCUCAGGCAAGUACUUGGAGUAAUUACAAGUCACAUAACACUCUUAAGGCUCUGGUGGCUAUCCAACCCAAUGGAGCUUUUACAUUUGUUUCCAAAUUCUGAAGUGGUAAUGUCAGUGACCGAAAAAUUACUGUGGACAGCAAAUUUCUUGACCUUAUUUCCCCAGGGGAUGAGGUGAUGGCAGACAGAGGAUUCCAAAUAAAAGAUCUUCUUACCCUGAAAGGAGCAUAUUUAAAUAUGCCACCUUUUACGCAUGAGAGAAGAAAUGGGAAGGGGAGAGUACUCUCAUCUAAACAGAUUCUUGAAACUCGGAAGAUUGCUUCUCUACGCAUCCAUGUCGAACGGGCUAUCAGAAGACUCAAAUCCUACAAAAUGUUAGCAGGAAUUCUCCCAUUAAAUAUGAAAAACUUGUCAUCAGCCAUGCUACGAGUUGCAGCAGCUUUUUGUAACUUCAUGCCACCUUUGUCAAAAAAAUUUAAAUAAGGAAAAUUACUGUUGUUCAUGUGUACCGUUAAUUUGAUGGGCGGUUUUCUUUUCCAGCAACAUAAAUAAUUGUAUCAAUUGGACUAAGUGCUCUAAAAAUGUUUUAAGCUAGUGCAUUAAUUCAUGAUUGCACAAUAUUUCAAAUAAUCAUAUGCCUUUUUUUAUUUACUUGUUAUGAUGAAAAAUGAUUGAGAUAAAUACAUUAAUUUCAAGAACUUUAUAUAUUGCUUAUGAUGAACAAUAAAUUGUGAAAUUAUGGUACAGUGUAAUCCAUACAAUGGUUUUUGACAUUCAUCAACUUUUGAAUUAGCACAAUAAAGCAAACACCAUAAUCAUUAACCUUAUUCAAGUUUUCUGAUGUAUAUACAUGUACUUAGACCAAUUUUGGUAAAACAUAUUGCACAUAAAAACUUUUGAGUUUUUCAAAUAACAGUUCCCAAUCUGCUUGUGAGAAAUUAACUCUUUCUACAUAAAUAUCUUUUUGUGUGUACAAUACAAAAUCACAGUAAGAUAACUUGCAGACUGCCAUUUGGCCAAGCAUUUGGACAUAAUAGGAGGAGGAAAUACUCUUUUUCAAUGCAUAAUUACCAUUGACAAUUGCACAUGAUGAAUUUUUUGACAUAGCAACCUGACAAGUUUCAUUUUGUGAACUAUAUGGACACUUGAUUUCAACAAGACCUUUGCCACAGCAUUUGCAUUCAGAAAUACCAUCAGGGGAUGCAGCAAGAAAGGGGAAAUCUUUAAAAAACAAAGAUUCCAGUCUCUGAACACUUAAAUGAAGGAUGAAAACAUGUCAUGUAAUCUACAUAUUUCUCACGUGCAACAGAUUCAUUAAUUUUUCCAUAUUCAACUGACUUCGAAGUAAAAUUAUAUUGACCCAUAAUACUGCGCACAAUAUAAUUGUCUGCUUUAUCUCUUCUAUAGUGAUAAGCUUUGAAAAAAUUUGAAGCAGUCAAUCUUCCCUUUCUUUGGUACUGCCACAUAAGGUUAAUGGACUGUCCUUUGGUAAAUUCAUUAACUUUCUUAACAUAACAAUCGUCUACUUUCACAUUUUCUUGACCAAGCAUUGCCACUAAAUCAAUAAUAUUUUUGGGCGUGUCCUCAAUACACAUGGACAUGUCAUUGUCA